UCAAGAAGACAAUUUAAGUUAUCUUUAAAACCUAGAAUUUUACAAAAACCCUCAAUAGUUACCAGCGUAUAUUAUUUAGUGUAGAAUACUUCGGUGUGUGAUGCAUUGAGAUGUUCUGCAUGAAUGAAGUACRCUAAGUAUCCCGCCUGGGUCGUUUUACGGCGGCUAUGACCUCUGAGCCAACAACAUUUUGAUCUCAAUGAGUUUUCGCUGGAUAUCUUAUUUUUAACGGUCAUUCAGUUAAUCAGAAGUGUCAAAUACAAGUUCUGAUGUGCUGUUAUGGAUAGAAAAUCAAAGUUGUCACUGAACAGGAAAAUAACUUCGAAUUAUGUGGAAGAAAAUGAUGAUGUCGAAAGUGAUGGUGAGAAAGCUUCGAAGAGUCGUACUAACGUGGUCACCGUGAAGUCUAGCAAAGCAAAUACCACAGCUGUAUUCAAGUCUGGCACUAGGAACAGCAAAGAUGUUUCAAUAACUGAGUCAAAGUCAAAGGAAAUUACUCCCCAAGUGAAGAGAUCGCGAGAGAAAAACCACAACAUAUCUGGAAUAGUUUCUCCAAAGAAACGCAACAGAACUAUAUUUGAUUGUUGGGUGAAUAACCCAAGAAAGUCGCUAGAACCAGCUAAAAUCGUUCCCUGUCCAGCUUGUAAAACAGAGGUUUUAUACGCUGACAUUAAUAGCCAUCUGGAUGGGUCUUGCAAGGGUGGUACGAAUGAAGACAUUGAAUGCAAACGGACAGGAGAGCUUUCAGAAAAUGUGCGAGAAAACAAACCAUUUAUACCUCCUAAAACUAAACAAAGAAUUUCAAAUACUAUUGCACAUAAUAAGUCUAACACUGGUCCAAUAAAAUCUUUAGGAGAAAUGAAUAUAAAAAAUUCUAUGACCGAUAUAUUAUCUGAUCAAACAAUCAAGCCAAGCCCAAGUAAAUACUCAAGUCAGAACUUAAUAUCUUCAAACAAGAGCCCUGAAAUUACUCCUAUUGAUGUUGAUGAAGAUGAAGAAGAUAUUUUGGAAGGAUUAAAUAAUGAGCUUGCAAAUCCUCUCCUAUUAAGUGACCUAGAAUCAGAUGGCAAGGCAAGUGUUGAAUGCCCAGAAAAUUUAUUGGAAAUGAAAUCUGCAUUGAAUAAUGAAUUGGAAAAUGAAGAAAUGGGGAAUAAGAAAGCAAAUAUUUCAGAUAAUUAUGAAAAUGACAUUUCUGAUGAUAUGGAAUUAGGUAAAGAUUGUGCAAGCAGUGACUCUGAGUUCCUAAAUGGUUGCACCCUGAAAGUUGCCGAUGAUACUGAAUUGACAGAGGGAGAAAGCCUUGAUAUGAUGGAGGAAAAUAAUGAUGCUACAGUAAAUCCAGAACAACUUUCAGAUCCAAAUUACUUAGCCAACUUCAAGCUUGUUCUUGACUCUGUGCUCUCAAACGAAGAGGACAGAAAGUUGUUCAAUGAUGCUGACCAAACAAUCAUCAAGCAGUUUCAGGAGUUUCAACCAGCAGCUCAAAAACUGUAUAUUCGAUUGUUUCAGAGAAAACCUGGAUGGUUUAGAUGUUCAAAGUUGGUUUAUUCAAAGAUAUCUGAGGAUCUUACCCCAGUAUUGGAUACUCUAGUGCACUCAGG